AUGGUGAAAGGUAUAUCUGAAGAAGUGUUGGAGAACCCAGGGUUAUAUGGUUUGAGAAGAUCCAAUAGAGCAACAACCGGUACUUCUGUAAACUACCAAUUGGAGAGUGAUGAAGAUGAUGAUGACGAAAUUGUAAAUACUAGAUCUAAAAGACGGAAGAAUAAUUACUCUUCUGAUGCGGAUGAAGUCGAUGAUGAGAAUGGUUUUAAUGACGACGAUGAAAGUGAUCUAGAUGAUCUAGAUGAUUUUAUCGACGACGAUGAUUAUGAUGUUGGGAGUAAGAAAAAGAGUAAGACUAUCAAUGAGAGAAACAAGAGUUCUUCAAAGAGUAGCAAUAGAUCUAGAGGUAAAUCCAAGAGUAAACCAAAGAAAGAGGAAGAUGACGUUAAUCUGCCCACACGUUUCUCAUCACGUAAUAGUAAAACUGUUAAUUAUAAUGUUGACUAUACUGAUGAUGACUUGCUAGAGUCUGAGAAUGAAAGGAAUAACAAUUAUGAUGGGUUUGACAGUGAAAAUGAAGCCUUUUCUUCUGAUGAGUACGAAUACUCUAAUACACCACAAGUAGAAGACGUUCAUUCAAUCGAUAUAAUUAUAACGCACAGAAUAAACCCAAUUUUCACAGAAGAGAAGAAAUUGGAAAUAUUAAAGACAGUGCCAGAUCUUAACCAAUGUAAAACCAAUUAUGAAUUUUUAGUUAAAUGGAGCGAUAAAUCGUACUUGCAUAAUACUUGGGAAUCUUACGACUCUCUGGGCCCAAUAAAAGGUAUUAAAAGACUAGACAACUACUGUAAACAGUUUGUCAUCCAAGAUCAACAGAUUAGAUUAGAUCCAUAUGUAACAAAAGAAGAUUUAGAAAUUAUGGAUAUGGAUCUGGAGAGAAGAUUGGAUGAGUUCAAAGAAUAUGAAAUUCCGGAAAGAAUUAUAGAUAGUGAUAGAGUUGUGAUAGAUGAAGAUGAGAAUAAGACACAAUUACAAUACCUGGUGAAGUGGAAAAGGUUAAAUUAUGAUGAGGCAACAUGGGAAGAUUCAAAUGAUAUUGUGAAAUUAGCACCACAACAGGUCAGAAAUUUUCAAAGUAGAUCAACUUCAAAAAUACUACCACAAAAUUCAAAUAUAUAUUCUAAAGAUAGACCACAGUUUGAAAAAUUGGAUGAGCAACCAUCAUUCAUCAAGAAUGGUGAAUUGAGAGAUUUCCAAUUGACAGGUAUUAACUGGAUGGCUUUCUUAUGGUCCAAAAAUGAUAAUGGUAUUUUGGCAGAUGAAAUGGGUCUUGGUAAAACUGUCCAAACAGUAGCAUUCAUAAGUUGGUUGAUUUACGCUCGAAGACAGAAUGGCCCUCAUUUAGUUGUUGUACCUUUGUCUACAAUUCCUGCUUGGCAAGAGACAUUCGAGAAAUGGGCUCCUGACUUAAAUUGCAUUUAUUAUAUGGGUAACCAGAAAUCUAGAGAUUUAAUAAGAGAAUUCGAGUUUUAUACAAAUCCAAAUGCUAAAACCAAGAAACAUAUUAAGUUCAAUGUUCUUCUAACGACAUACGAAUAUAUCUUAAAAGAUCGGACUGAGUUAGGAAAUAUCAAAUGGCAGUUUUUGGCUGUUGAUGAAGCACAUAGAUUGAAAAAUGCCGAAUCAUCACUUUACGAAUCUUUGAACAGUUUUAAAGUAACAAACCGUCUGCUAAUUACAGGUACCCCAUUGCAAAAUAAUAUUAAAGAAUUAGCAGCAUUGGUUGAUUUCUUGAUGCCAAAUAGAUUCCAAAUUGAUCAAGAAAUUGAUUUUGAAAACCAAGAUUCAGAACAAGAAGAAUAUAUCAGAACCCUUCAUAAAAGACUACAACCUUUCAUCUUACGUCGUUUGAAAAAAGAUGUAGAAAAAUCUUUACCCUCUAAAACCGAAAGAAUUUUACGUGUGGAAUUAUCUGAUGUUCAAACAGAAUAUUACAAAAACAUUCUAACAAAAAAUUACUCUGCAUUAACUGCAGGUACCAAAGGGGGUCAUUUUUCAUUGUUAAACAUUAUGAGUGAAUUGAAAAAAGCAUCUAACCAUCCUUAUUUAUUUGAUUAUGCUGAAGAUCGUGUCCUACAGAAAUUCGGUGACGGUAAUAAAUCUCGUGAAAAUAUAUUGAGAGGUUUAAUUAUGUCAUCCGGUAAAAUGGUCUUAGUAGACCAAUUAUUGACAAGAUUAAAGAAAGAUGGCCAUAGAGUUUUGAUUUUUUCUCAAAUGGUUAGGAUGUUAGACAUUUUAGGUGAUUAUUUAUCUAUUAAAGGUAUUAAUUUUCAGAGAUUAGAUGGUACUAUUCCGUCAGCACAAAGAAGAAUUGCCAUUGAUCAUUUUAAUGAACCCGGUUCCACUGAUGAUAUCUUUCUGUUAUCUACAAGAGCUGGUGGUCUAGGUAUUAACUUAAUGACAGCAGAUACUGUUAUUAUUUUUGAUUCUGAUUGGAAUCCUCAAGCUGAUUUACAAGCGAUGGCAAGAGCGCAUCGUAUAGGUCAAAAGAAUCACGUUAUGGUGUACAGAUUAGUAUCCAAAGAUACUGUUGAAGAAGAAAUUCUAGAGAGAGCUAGAAAGAAGAUGAUUUUGGAAUAUGCAAUUAUUUCUUUAGGUGUUACAGAUGGCACAAAUCUAUCUAGCAAAUCUAAAUCGAAAGAUCCAACCUCUAGUGAUUUGGCUGAAAUUUUAAAGUUUGGUGCUGGUAACAUGUUUGCUGCUAAAGAUAACCAAAGAAAACUGGAAGAUUUGAAUUUAGAUGAUGUCUUGAAUCAUGCAGAAGAUCAUGUAACCACACCAGAUUUAGGCGAAUCUCAUCUGGGUGGUGAAGAAUUUUUAAAGCAAUUUGAAGUUACUGACUACAAAGCCGAUGUUGAUUGGGAUGAUAUUAUUCCAGAGGAAGAAUUGAAAAAAUUAAAAGAUGAAGAACAAAGACGUAAAGAUGAGGAAUAUGUCCAAGAACAAUUACAAAUGAUGAACAGAAGGAAAAAUGCCAUACAAAAAAUUAAGAACAGUGUGAAUGGUGAUGGCACUUCUCCUGAUUCUGAUUCGGAUGAUGGCAACAGAUCAUCAUCGAGAAAGAGAGCCAAAUGUAAUAAUAUGAAUUCUAUUGGUGAGAGAGAAAUCCGUGCCUUAUAUAAAGCAAUUUUGAAGCAUGGUGAUUUAACCCCUCAGUUAGGUGGAUUGAUUGCUGCUGGUUCUCUUCCAAUGAAGUCUAUUGAGAAGUACGAAGAAGUUUACAAUGACAUGAUGGAAGAAGCACAAACUGCUGUUGAGAAGAAUGAGCAAGAAAGAAAUGAGAUAUUUGAAAAGCUAGAGAAGGAUGCUCAUGAUUAUAGACUAAAAUUAAAGACCGAGGGGAUCAAAAUCGAAGAUCAACCGAAAGUCAAUCCGAUUACUAAAUUAGCUGCCAAGAAAAGAGAAAAAAAAGCUGUGUUAUUCGAAUUUUAUGGUGUCAAAGCGCUGAAUGCGGAAUCCCUAAUAAAUAGGUCGAAUGAUUUGAAAUUCUUGUAUGACUACAUCAAUAAACGCUUCAACUCCGAUUCAUUGAAAUUCAAUCUGGGAGCUAGAGUACCUAAGGCGGUUCAAAAUUGGAAUUGUAAUUGGUCCAGAGUCGAUGAUGAAAAAUUACUAGUCGGUGUAUUUAAGUAUGGGUAUGGGUCAUGGAGUAAAAUCCGUGAUGACCCUUUCCUUGGUCUUGGUGAUAAAAUAUUUUUGAAUGACAGUAUCGAUAGCAAGAAAUCCGUCAAGAAAGAAAAGGAGGCUAAUGGCGUGAAACCCGAAGAAGAAACCACUUCUACUGAAGCUGAGAAGAAAGGUAAAGGGAUUACUGGUUCGUCCAAGAAAGUUCCUGGUACAAUCCAUCUAGGUAGAAGAGUAGAUUACUUGAUCAAUUUCAUGAAGGAUGAGAACAAUGAUACCACCGGUACCUCCAGUGAUAAAUCAUCCAAUAACGGUUUCAAGAAGCGUGUACGUAAGCCAGCAACACAUAGCACUUCAGGCACCGAGAAGUCCCCUUCCUUACCAACCAGCAUGAGCACGAACACCAGUGCUACUACGCCUUCUGCUGCUACCACAACUACAAAUAACUCCAACAACUCUGAGCACCCAUCCAAGCGCCACAAACCAUUGCCUAAGGGUCCUGGGGGUUCAUCUCCGUCUUCGCACGGAAACGACCACCCCAAACCUCUACCCACGGGACCAGCUGCAUUAAUGCACAAAACCAAAACAGCCAGCCCUGAUCCAGCCAUUACCAAUCAUCAGCAUGAGAUCGAGUACCCAGACAUGGAUGAAGAAGAAUGCAGAACCACCAUGACACCAAUGAGAAAAUCAUUAAUGAGAUUGAGAAAAGGCGGCAAAGGUCUUGACCGUAAAGAGUGGGCCAACAUCUUAAAGACAGAGUUAAUCUCCAUAGGUAAAUUCAUUGACAUGCAUAAGACUGAUUCCAAGAAAACAGUACCAACGACAUUCCGCAAGCACUUGUGGUCUUACAGUGCGAUGUUCUGGCCUAUCGCAGUGAAAAGCUCCAAACUAAUAGCAAUGUAUGAUAAAAUAUCUAAUGUCCAGAAAUGA